CGGAAUGGAUCCAAAUAAAUUCAUAAAAUAUUAACCUUAUUAAAUGACAGAUUCAGUAAAGGCAGGUGGCCUCUUCAGCCCUGAAUAAUGUGAAGAGCUUUCAAAAAAAAUUCUUGAUUUAUUUGAUGAAAACAAAGAUGGAUAAUUAGAUUUGCUUGACGUAAGCCAAAUGCAAUAAGAUUGUUAUAGAGCUAUGAAUAAGAGUUAUAAUCCAACACCAACUGAUAUUGCUGCAUUUACAAGAAAAAUGGAUAGUAAAAAUAUAAUUAGCUUUUAUAGCAAAUGGUUAAGGGAGAGUAGAUUAAAAAAUUAUCUAUAAUUUAUGUAUGAAAUACCUUUGUUCAAUGGUUUCAAGCAAUAAUUCUUAACUAAAAGUUGAAAAACCUCUUUAAGAGAUAAAUGUAAAAAUAUAACCAUCUGACACUUCCAAUUAGGAAGAGAUCUUAUUACAAUCCUCCAAUUAAGAGAGUAAAGUUUUCAUUUAUGAAAGCUACAAAAGAACAAACUAUAGAAGCUCCCAAAGUUGAACAAAAUCAAAUAUUAAUUUAACCAAAAUAAGAGAAUAAACCGAUUUAACCUGUCUAAAAACCUGUUUAGCUUGAACCUGCAAAGACAACUAAAAGUACUGAACAACCCUAACAAAUAAUUCCAGAAAAAAAAUACACAAAAGUAGUACAAGAAAGACUAAAAGUGGCAAGGAGGAUUUUUACUUUGAUAGACUCAGAUUAAAGUGGUUUUAUUACAGAAGCGUAAUUUAAUUAAAUAACACAAUAGUGAAGUACCUUAGUUGCUUAUUGAAACGUACAAAUAAAUGGGAAUGACAAUUGAGCCAACCUAAGAGGAUGUUGAUUUAUGGAUGGAAAUGGCUGAUACAGAUUAAGAUGGCAAAGUUUCUUUAGUAGAUUAUGAAGAUCUAAUUUUAAGAGGUUUGAGGCAGUAAGGAAUUUCUUUGGAAUGA